AUGUCCAUGAUCAAACUUUUUAAAACAUUAAAAACAGCAUUCGUUAUUGUUCAUCCAUUACGUGGAAAUGCCAUUGACAUUCAUCCAAACGCUCGUUGGGAGCAGCAGGGUGUCAUUGUUGCUGGAGGAAAUGGACAAGGCCAUGACACCGAUCUACUCCACACUCCAAUGGGUUUGUUUGUGGAUGAUGAACAAACAAUUUAUGUUGCUGAUUAUUCGAAUCAUCGUAUUAUGGAAUGGAAACGAGGUGCCACGAACGGUCAAGUGGUUGCCGGUGGAAAUGGACAAGGAAGAACAGUGGUUGCAAGUGGCAAUAGACGUGGAGAUCAUCUCGAUCAACUCAAUCUCCCAUUAUACGUUUUUGUUGAUCAAGCUCAAUCAGUCUAUGUAUCUGAUACUGAAAAUUAUCGUGUGAUGAAAUGGAUGAAAGGUGCAACACAAGGUAUUGUCGUGGCUGGUAGUCAAGGACAAGGAAGUAGCCUUACACAAUUUUCAUAUCCUUGA